AUAAAAACCCCAGCCACAAACCCUAUCCUUCUUGUUCUUCCAAGAUAAGACCAGAUCUUCUGUGGAGAGGGGAGGGAGAGAGAGAUGGGAGUAGUGGUCUUGGAUGGCUCUACGGUCCGGGCGUUCGUCGGCGACGAGGCGGCCUUCCAGAAGAGCGUCGACGAGCGGUUCGCCUCCCUGGACAUCAACGGCGACGGCGUGCUCUCCCGGGCGGAGCUCCGCCGGGCUCUGGAGACGUUCCGGCUCCUGGAGACUCACUUCGGGGUGGACGUGGUGACCCCCCCAGGGGAGGUCGCCGCCCUCUACGACUCCAUCUUCGAGCAAUUCGACUGCGACCACAGCGGCACCGUCGACCUGGAGGAGUUCCGGCAGGAGAUGCGUCGGAUCAUGCUCGCCAUUGCCGACGGCCUCGGCUCGUCUCCGAUCCAGAUCGCCGUCGAAGACGACGGCCAGAGCUUCCUCCAGAAGGCCGCCGACCUCGAGGCCGCCAAGAUCGCCGGGGUAGCGAUGUAAGUCUGGUUGCUGCCGUCUUAAACCACCACCGCGGAGUACUGGAUCUUUAUGGAGAGUACUGUUAUAUAUAGUCGGUGGGACCGGGAGGGUACGCGGAUGAGUUUUUUUUGUACAGGGGGUGUUUGUAAUGUUUAUACGGGUUUAUGUAUAGUGGGUGUUUGUAAUGUUUAUACGGUGGUCGUGGUCGGUGGGACGUGUCAUUCGCCCCACUUCGUUUGUCUACUCAAUGGUGUGUAUGUUUAUCUAUCUUACAAGUUUAAUUAUGUUCAAAUAAAUAAAACAAACUUUUCUCUA